AUGAUCCAAAUUAAUAUCCACAAAAAUCAGUUAUCAUCAAUUGAUCCUGUAUUUGCUUCAAUUUCAGAAUUAUCAGAAGGAUUUAUACCAGAUUUAGGACGAUUUGUGUACUUUCUUACACGUUUUCGAGGUAAGAAAGUAGAAUCAAAACCCUCUUGA